AUGCGUAUUUCUCCAACACCAAUUAAGCCAUUUUUUCCAAUAAAUGGAAUGGAAGAAUUCGAAACCGAUUAUUUUAAAGACAAGCCUGAAUUAAAAGGACAAAUUUCAGCUUUCUUUGAACAAAAGAAUAA